GCCUGGCCACAGCUCACGCCCCACCACGCUGUGGGGGUCAGCUGCUGUGCCCCUCGGAGUUUCUCAGCGGCGGCAGCUGCCGGACCUGCGCAACGGUGUAUUUGCAGGACUGGGGCGACUCCUACCGGAUUUCAGGGCUGCUCCAGUGGGCUCCUCUUGCGGAUGGGGUAGAUGGAUAUGAGGUGUGGGUGAUUGAUGACUGCGGGUCGCUUCUGGUACUGCUUGGCUUCGUGCCAGCGGAUGGAGAGCCGGUUGCCAUUCAGUGCUGCGAUCCCAGCUGGUACUUUUUGGACGUCAGCAGCGAGAUACCUUACGAGUCGGUGGGCUUUGCAAUCAUCCCUCUGCAGGGAGAGGAGUGGCUUUCCGGCGCUUUGCUUCCCAUUUUGAACCGCGAACCUCUUCCAACAUCAACAACCACGUGGACAGCCACUACUGCCUCAAUUACCACAACCAGCACAACCACCGCAACCACCACAACCACCACAACCACCACCACAACCACAACAACCACCGCAACCACAGCCACAGCAACCGCCACAACCGCCACAGCCACAGCUACAACAGCCACGGCUACAGCAACUGACACCACGACUACGACGGCAAGUGCUGCCGCUGCAACAACAACCUUGUCCUCAUCGACGAUGACCACUUUCCAGGCCUUUGAUCCAGGCGAUCCGGUGCAAAUCGAAGGAUGCAUGGACAUCGUCCUGGCAGACAACUCCGUCUUUCUGGAUCCAAAUAACUUGGAGGCUGCAGAGACCGUCGUCCAGGAGGCGGUGGCGGAGGCUGCCGGAGAGGAUGUGCAGCCGUCCAACGUCCAGGUUUCAUUCCAGACCAGGAGCUGUGGAGAUGCGCGGCGCUUGCAAGCGGGGGCUUUGCUCGCGGCAGUCUUCGUGAUUGUGCUGCCUAGCGCCGAGCUGCCGGUGAUGCAGCGCGUAAGCCAGCGAAUUGAGCAGACCUCCCCGGAGGCUGCGACGGUCAUCUUCAACAACGCUCUUCAGAAGCAGGAGCCAUUCACGGCGGUGCAGGCGCGAGCCGGGGGUGCGAACAUUUAUGGCGGCAGCCGGGGGCAAAGUGCGCGAUGGAUGCGAAUGUUGCAGAAAGGGCCGGAAUGA